AUGAGGACGAUGACGGUGAUGAGAAAGAUAAUGGAAAAGGAGGGGAAAGAAGAGUUGGAUGUGGAAUUUUCUCUGGAAGAAAGCACAGCUCCCCACACUGAGGCCAUCACCAAUGGAGUUCUAGUGGCUCAUCCCUGCCUGUGUGUUCAAGGCUCCAUCAAUAAAAGUGAGAAGGCCAAAUGGAUAAUACAGGAGAACUGUCAAGUCAAGUUGUCUGUGCCAGGGGCCUUUGAGAAUCGGUCAUCCACUUUCUGCAGUGCUGAUUCAGAAGAGAGAAGAAAGAUCCCAUUUCUCUUCCACGUAGACAGAGAAAUCUGCCCAGAGAUGCACUUGGAGCUGCUGCAAACGACAACUGUCCUAGAGGAGGGAUGGAGUGAGGAUCUGAAAAUGCACACUGCACGCUUAGGGACGGGAACAAUCCCUCUUGCAACACUUCCUCUUGGACAGGAAGUUGAAAUUAGCAUUCCACUAGGAAAGGGGCAAGGUGUGGAUCUGACUGUGAAGGUUGAAGAGAGCUCUCAGGAUCUUGAUGUGCGCAUCAGUUUUGACCUCUGUAGAGGAGAGAGAGAAUUUUUGGACAUGAGGAAGAAAAUAGCUUCUCAUGCCCUAAAGAAGACACUUGGUUUGCCAGAGGAACCCAAGAAAGAUGAGAUCCCUGUAGUGGCAGUAGUGGGAUCAGGAGGUGGGAUGAGAGCCAUGACUGCUUUCUAUGGCAAUCUGUCAGGACUCCAGCAGCUUGACCUCUUGGAUAUCCUGAUGUAUAUGUGUGGAGUCUCAGGAUCCACCUGGUGUUUGUCUAAACUCUACAAAGACCCUCACUGGUCCCACAACGACCUCCAGGAUGCAAUUAGCGUUGCUCGGAAACUUGUGACCAGCAGCAAAGUGGGGGCAUUUUCUGCUGAACGACUGGUGUAUUAUUUCCAGCAGCUGGUCUUGUUGGAGAAAGAAGGACGGAAGGUCACACUCACGGAUUUGUGGGGCCUUAUCAUAGAAUAUUUCUUACAACAGAAGCAGGAUCCAUCGAAGUUGUCUGACCAGCAGUCAGCAGUCAGGUGGGGACAGAACCCCUUCCCUAUCUAUGCAGCUGUCAAUGUGAAGCCCAACGUCAGUAGCCAUGAAUUUACAGAGUGGUGUGAGUUCACACCCUAUGAGUUUGGUACCCACAAGUAUGGAGCCUUUAUCCGCAUAGAAGACUUUGGCAGUGAAUUCUUCAGUGGGCUGCUACUUGGGAAACGUCUGGAGCCCAGAAUUUGUUUUCUGCAGGGAAUAUGGGCCAGUGCCUUUGCUGCCAAUCUAGAUGAAAUCUGGGAAGAGGUCAUUUCUUCAAAAGUUGGCUUUCUAGAAUCUCUGAAAGAUGCCAUCAAAGCUAUAGAUGAGGCUCGUGGACGCCAGACUCUGGACCCUUUACAGUUAGAAAGGCGAAUGGUCAUGCCAGGUGGAGCUUUCUCACAUUUAUUUCAAGAUAUAUUUAAGUCUCGCUUCUCUGCUGGGGAAAACAUUAACUUCAUGCGUGGACUGUACCUUCACAGGGACUACGUCAAUGCCAAGGAGUUUGUGGCCUGGAAAGGCACUCACCAGGAUGCCUUUCCCAACCAGCUAACUCCAAUGGAACACAGCCUGUACUUGAUAGAUGGGGUUUUCUCUAUCAAUUCUCCCUUUCCUUUGGUGCUUCAGCCAGAGAGAGAUGUAGAUGUCAUCUUGUCAUUCAACUACUCUUGGGAAGCUCCAUUUGAGGUGCUGCAUCAGGCCCAGAAGUAUUGUGAAGAACGGGAAAUCCCCUUUCCACACAUUGUUGUGAGUGAAACAGAUAAGCAGAAGCCCAAGGAGUGUUAUAUGUUCGUGGAUGAUCACAAUCCUAAAGUUCCCAUAGUGCUUCACUUUCCAUUGGUGAACAACACAUUCCAGAAAUACAAGGCACCAGGAGUCGAGCGUGAGACAGAAGAUGAGAAAUCCUUUGGCAACUUCCCUGUUGAAGGGGAAAAAUCUCCUUACCAUUCUAUGAACUUCACAUAUCAACCCAAUGAAUUUGAUAGGCUGCUGGAAUUAAGCCGCUACAAUAUUAUGAACAACAAGGAAGCUAUUUUAAAAGCCCUUGCUUUGGGCAUGAAAAGAAGGGUGCUCAAGAAUGCCAAAAGGAAAUAA